AUGCAGGAUUACUCAUAUUCAGGGAGGGCAGAUACUAACAUUCUAAAGCCAUGUUUUCGACACUAUCAUAUCGAGCCUGCUCGGCAUCGACUUUCCGCAAUAUGGACCCCCACUGGAGGCAUUACUGCUGGGAAAGACGAAGGUAGACAAUGUCUUGCUGCUUCCACCUGCAAGCGACUGACUAAGCCGGGAACAGGCGCUCACGACAAGCUCGUUCGUGCAGGGUUUCUCAGGCAGGUAGGUUCGGCCAACACCAAGAAAAUGCCUUCACCUGAGUGCUUCCUAACAUGCUUUGACAGUCUCACUCGGGAGUUUUUCACCUCCUGCCCCUCGAGUCUCGAAAAUGGCAUAUUGUUGAUCUUAGUACUCAGGGGCCUCAAGGGUGUCUCUAUCAACCAUAACAUCCAAGGAGCUCUGGCACAGAAGUGGUCGCCUAGCCCAGCUAGAAUCAGAGGUCCGUUUUCGCAGGGCUUGCUGGCGACGACAUAA